AGUUCGAGUUUGCACUCGUCGCCAAGUAGUUUGAGCAUCUAUUCCUUCCCAUCCAAGGAGGCCUCAGGUACAAGUAUAUAUUGCCAUCAUAGCGCCCUGCCUGCCUUUUAAUUUCCCACACGCCGUGAAAGCAAGCACGCAAGGCAGCAGCAUGUCAUUGACCACCGAUGUGUUUACGUACAAUAGACCCGGAUAUUACCGGGUGUAUUACAUCGUUACCAAGUCUCAAGAUGUAGUUACAGCUCUGGAGACACCGCAUCCGGUGGUGCUCAUGUUCUGGGCGAGCUGGAACGAGCCAUGCAAGGUGAUGAUGAGACCCUUCUGGGACUUGGCCGUGGCUAAGAGGAAGGAGGCCGUGUUCUUGCGGGUGGACGUCGACAAGUUCAGAGAUAUUGUGGAGCAGUACCAAGUGGAGGCGCUGCCGACCUUCUUGCUGAUCAAGGGCGGCGUCGUCAAGGGCAGAGUCGUUGGCGCCAAGGUGGACGAGCUCAACACCGCCAUCAAGGCCAGAAUAUGAUCCAUAGCAUGCGUGGAUUCAUCCACGUACAAAUAAUUAUGACCAACCGUUAGAUGGUGAACACAAGACUGAUUGAAUUAGCUAGCUACAUAAUGGUAUGCAUGAGUGUAAUAGUACCACGGUUCCACAUGCAAUUGUAUGGUACAUAGACUGUCCUUGUUCUACAUGGAACCGUAAAGUGUGAAGUAGGGUCAGCUAUAAGAAAAAAAGAACACUUGUAGCAAAAUAUUUCAACUUACUCCCUCGGAGUUGUGUUACAACAGCUAGCUUGAGGCUAUGAAGGUUGGUCAUCGAUCGCGGCAUCUC